AUGGAAGGGUUCCAGUUCCUCGAGUCAGCUGCCUCUGGUUUGAGGAAGGAUAUCAAUGCAUUGCAGAAGAGUAAUACGCAAGCGGAGAUAGAGAAAAACCAAAACAUCGACGUUAUCGAAAGACUCACUGAGGCCUUGGACAUUGCGCAUAGCUUCCAGGAGGCCCAAGAACUUUAUAUCGAUUCACUGGAGUCAUUAGCAA